CGGGGGUAUUUCCAUAUUGACCGUAUUUCUACCCAAAAUCUAUAUCUAAAGUCUACCUCUUCAAUGUUCAAACUUAAAAAAGUAGCAAUUGUUUUUCUGAGACAGAAAAUGAGAGACUACAGAAAGAGUCGUUGUCGUGCGAAUGGAGGAAACAACAAUUGCAACAGCUGUGUCAGAAUCAUUGCAAAGGAAGCUAAAUGUUUCAUCUCCUGCAUCAUCCAUACAGCAACUGCAGCCACAAUCACUAGAUACAUCUAUAGAACCUAUGGCUCCAAAAGAGAUUGCUAGGUAUUAUGCAUCUUCUGAUCUAGUGUCCACCUACUGUGCUGGUCUUAUACGCCAAAUUGCAAAUAGUGGGCUUGACAAAGAUAAGGUUGCUCAAGACUUUCGUGAUAUAAAACGACCAACUGUUAGUCCACAAAAUGAUGGUUGUACUGUUCCUAUAAUUCGGUUGAUACAUUAUGAGGAUAAUAGCUACGCUUUAAAGUGGAUUUUAUUUGUCAACGAAGAGAUGAAUGACCCUCGUACAAUGCUUUCUGAACCUGGAGAUGUAGAAGCAGAUGAGGAGGAGCAGCACAUAAAUGGAUGUUAUGAUUAUGUUGAUGAUGAGGAUGAUGAUGAAGAAUGUUAUGAGAUAGAUGAAAAUUAUGUUGAAGAUUAUGUUGAAGAUGCUGAUGAAGAUAUGAAAGGAGACAACCCUGAAAAUUUGGAAGAAGAAGACAAUUAUAUAGAUUUCUCCAAAAAGUAUGAUGAUUAUGCUGAUGAAUACAAGCCAGAUAAAAGUGACUUUCAAUACUUGGGUUGAAAUAUUGUUUCUUAUAAUUGGUGAGAGGUGUCAAACAUGUCCUUGAAUUUCUAACAAUUUAGUAUUGAUGCACUGCAUUGAUUUUACUUA